CUGACGACGUUUUCAACAAUCUCGGAAUCUCCUCGGCUUCUCUCUCGUGCCCUUUUCAACCUUCAACUCCUUUUGCCGGUGUAAUUCUUUCAACUGCUCCGGCUUAGCUCUUCAUCGUUCGAUCAUCUGAUUCUGGCUGAUCGACGUUCAGAAAUCAAUCUACAGCCAUGGGCCAUUGCUGCAGCAAAAACUUGUCAGCCGUCGACAAUCACAUAGUCGGUGCCGGCGGUGGCCACCAGAAGCAGCCCACAUCACCACUUCCCUCCGCAGCGCCUCAAUCCACGAACUCCAACUCUUACUCGAAUUCGAAUUCUAAUUCAUUCGCAGGAAGUCCAUUCCAGAGCCCACUUCCAGCUGGAAUUCCACCGUCUCCGUCGCCGGCGAGGACUCCUGGGCGGAAGUUCAGGUGGCCUUUGCCGCCUCCGUCUCCAGCAAAGCCGAUCAUGGCGAUUAUGAGGUGGAAGGGGCCUGCAAAGCCGAGCAUACCCGAGGACGAUCACGUCGGUGGGGAAAACGGACGAGCUGUUGAAAGGCCGUUGGAUAAGAACUUUGGGUAUGCGAAGAACUUAGCGGCGAAGUAUGAGCUGGGGAAGGAGGUAGGACGUGGACAUUUUGGUCAUACUUGUUGGGCUAAGGUCAAGAAGGGAGAGCUCAAGGGACAACAAGUCGCUGUCAAGAUCAUCUCGAAAGCUAAGAUGACAACGGCAAUAUCAAUUGAAGAUGUUCGUCGGGAGGUAAAAAUGUUGAAAGCCUUGUCUGGGCAUAAGCACAUGAUCAAAUUCCAUGAUGCUUUUGAGGAUGCCAAUAACAUCUACAUAGUCAUGGAGUUGUGUGAAGGAGGAGAAUUACUUGAUAAGAUCUUAGCAAGAGGAGGAAGAUACACUGAGGAAGAUGCUAAAACUAUUGUCGUACAAAUUCUUAGCGUAGUUGCCUAUUGUCAUCUUCAAGGGGUUGUCCACCGUGAUCUAAAGCCAGAGAAUUUUCUUUUUACCACAAGGGAUGAGAAUGCUCCAAUGAAGAUAAUUGAUUUUGGUCUAUCUGAUUUUAUUAGGCCAGAUCAACGUCUUAAUGACAUUGUUGGUAGUGCGUACUACGUUGCACCUGAAGUUCUCCAUAGAUCUUAUAAUGUUGAAGCGGAUUUGUGGAGUAUUGGUGUCAUAACAUAUAUACUGCUAUGUGGAAGCAGACCCUUCUGGGCGAGGACAGAGUCAGGAAUUUUUCGUUCUGUAUUAAGAGCUGAUCCUAAUUUUGAUGAUUCACCUUGGCCUUCAGUUUCACCUGAAGCCAAAGAUUUUGUGGAAAGGCUUCUCAACAAGGACCACAGAAAAAGAAUGACAGCUGCCCAAGCACUGAGUCACCCAUGGUUACGAAAUGUAAACGAUGCUGUGCCGUUGGAUAUUUCAAUCUACAAGUUAGUCAAGGCAUAUGUUAGAGCCACACCUUUCAAGCGUGCAGCAUUGAAGGCACUUUCAAAAGCUAUUCCAGAAGAUGAACUUGUAUAUCUUAAGGAUCAGUUUAGGCUUUUGGAACCAAAAGAGGGAUGUGUCUCCUUAAAUAAUUUCAGAUCGGCUCUGAUGAGACAUGUGACAGAUGCCAUGAAGGAAUCAAGGGUCCUUGAAAUUUUAAAUAUGAUGGAGCCUCUUUCUCACAAAAAAAUAGAGUUUGAAGAAUUUUGUGCUGCUGCAAUUAGUCCAUAUCAGCUGGAGGCUCUUGAAGGUUGGGAGAAGAUUGCAACCACAGCUUUUGAGUUUUUUGAACAGGAAGGAAACCGGGUCACUUCAGUUGAGGAAUUGGCACAAGAAAUGAAUCUGGGCCAAUCAUCUUACUCAUUAUUAAAAGAUUGGAUCAGAAAGUCGGAUGGGAAACUGUGCUUCCUUGGAUUUACCAAGUUUCUUCAUGGUAUAACAAUACGUAGCUCCACCCCAAGGCGUCGAUAGCAUUGUGAGUAGCCAAAUUGUUUACAUAAUUCUUCUUAUCUUGGCCUUUUGCAAUUCUUUUUUCCUAAUCUACUGGAUUUAGAUAAAAGGUGUAAAGAUGUAUAUCAGCAAUCCGAAAAGGAAAAUAUACUGAAUUCAGUGCAUAUGAUUUUAUUUAUGUAUUUGCAUCUCGGAUAGACCCAUAGGGGACAUUUGGACCAGAGUGCGUCCAAGCACUCGUUUAAUGCCAUCCCCUUUCUAGGGCACAUUUCUGCCUUGUGGUUGAACUUUCCCAGAUCUUAGCUUUUCCUUGAUGAAUGAUGCCAGUGUGAUUUAUAACAAAAGGAAAGGUAACCAAGCAACGCCAAUUUCAACGGCACAACAGAAAAGAAAAUAUGAGAACAGUGGCACAGGGAACAGCUUAGAGCCUUGGACAGGGCUUUUAGGUGCAAGAAAAGGGGGGACGGAAAAGUUUUACCCAUUACGCUGUUGCCUGUUAUGUUGAUUUGACGAACUAAAAUGAGAAUAAUAGCUUGCUUAAGAUGAA